AGGAUCAUAAAUUACGAAUUUAAACACACAAUGAAAGACGCUUAACAAGAAGCUAACGCGAGAUUGAGAGGCCCCGCCCGAAACACCUCUCCUUCCGGUAAAACGCCAGCGGGUCGACCAAUCCGAUGUCGGUACCGCCUCCAAACACUUAAACGACCCAUGGAUAGCACGCCAAUCCACUCGCAUCGAGGGCCGACCAGCCUCUCCCCCUGACGGGAUUUCCGGAACGCGCGCGCGAGAGGACGAGGGCAAGGACGAAGGCACAGCGCACGGGAGAGAGACUCCGAUCUCCCGCCGGAGAGAGAAGAGUGCGCGCGCUCGAUGCACCCUGGUCGCACACCAUUUGGUCGACGUGGCGAGUCACUCGGCGAGGCUCACGGACGACGAUUUCCGGAUCGCGAGCCUGCUCGAUCGUCCGAGAACGAUCAAUCCAGUUCGCGACUAAUUGUCCCCAGUCCAAAUAACCCGUCAUCCGUUCUCCAUGUCAUCGCGCGCGGAACCGGCAAAUCGGUGACCGCUCUCCCAUACAGUGUGCUCGCGGUGUGACUACUUUUUCGCUCAUCGAUCGCGACAACUCGCGGACAACGUCGUGCAUCGGCCAUAGCCUGUCGCGCGCAGACGACGCGCCGUGCGCUCGCGGAGGAUCAUGGGGAUCAGUGAUUGACCCGAAGGGGAGAAAAGGAGCUUUUCCUUCAAGGAACCAAGUGACAAUCGCGAUCGCGGUAAGUGCCAUCGGUAUACGUGUCAUCCGUUGUUCGAAUCAAAAGUGAGUCAAAUCGUCGAGAGAGUCUUCGGUGCAGCAUCACUAAGGGGAUACAUAUAUACAUAUACCCCUUUAAGGGUAUCCCUCUUCGCGGCUCGGAAAGACGGCCGCACGCCUCAUCCGGCUCUUAAGCACCAGUUAAGAUUUUUCGCUCACUCCCGAACUAUGCGUGGUGCGAGAUGGUAUGUUCUCUGACCAGCGGCAAGGCCUGCGCCGACAGCGGAGACGCUUGCCCGGACCCGCCAUCGCGCUCCACGCCGGAGGGUGGCGGACUCGAGAUCACCGAGAACAUGUCGUCGUCGCUUAGUGACGCGCACCGACGCAACAACAAUCAUCACCUGGACCAGGGUGAUCGCAGCUCGUCCGCGGGCUCCUCGCUCGGCUCGUGCUCGCCGCCGCCCGCCUCGAGCCACUCGCCGCCACCGCCAAGGCCGCCCUGGCUCCACGACUUUCCCGCGGCCGCGCCCCACGUUCUGCAGUUCCUCAAUCUGAGCGCCGCCGGCGGCGGCAUGCUCGGUAGCCAACCCUUGGCAGCGCUGCACUCGAUGGCGGAGAGGAGUCAUCAGCAGCAGCAGCAGCAGCAACAGCAGCAGCAACAGCAGCAACAGCAUCAGCAGCACCAGCAGCAGCAGCAACAGCAAUCGCAUCAGCAGCAACAUCACACGUCGCAUCAGCAACAGCAAGGAGGCAUCCAGCUGUCGCGUAUCACGGUACCGCCGCUCUCCACCAUCACCCAGGGUCAAUCGUCGCCCACCGGUAGCGGCAAACACAGCCCGGCGACCUCCAUCACCUCCGUCGGCAGUAAUCCUCACGGCAUCGACACGAUACUCUCGAGACCGACGGCGACGGUCCACCCCCAGGCAUCGGUCCCGGCGUCGCACGUGACCCUGCCGCCGGCACCACAUCCCCAGCACAUGGCCGCGCCGCGGUACGCCAUGCACGCCGGCUUCACGGCGUCCUCGGGUAUUGGGCAAUUUCAACAAAGAACGGAACCACGGCACCCCGCUGUCUAUUGGCCGGGUCUUCAGGGACUAGUCAGCGACCCUCUUGCAUGGCGAGCAAGAUUACACACAUUGUCGCAACAGCUGGGCUGUCAACAAGCGAUGACGGGCGCGGGUGGCGGUGCCGGGGAACACGAUGGCGGCAAGAAGAAGCACACGAGGCCUACGUUCAGUGGACAGCAGAUCUUCGCUCUGGAGAAGACCUUCGAGCAGACCAAGUACCUAGCCGGCCCGGAGCGGGCUAAAUUAGCGUACGCCCUCGGAAUGUCGGAAUCCCAAGUCAAGGUGUGGUUCCAGAACCGGCGGACAAAGUGGCGGAAGAAGCACGCGGCGGAGAUGGCGACGGCGAAACGGCGGCAGGAGGAGGUCGAGGGCGUCGUCGCCGAGGGUGAGGACGGCUGCAGCGACGCGGAAACCGAUGGUGGUAGCGGCGGCGGCUCCGGCGGCGGCGGCUCCGGCGGCGAAACCGCCGCGAAGAGGCUGCGAAGGGAGCUGGAACAGCAGUACAGGCAUUGAGAACCGCCGAGGGACGGCGGGGGUGACACGCGGGGAUGCGAAAAAAGGGAAAAGAGGGAUGCAGGAGGAGAAGGAUAAGGCGUGGCCCAGAGGGCGGCGCGUACCGGAGGAUUCCUCGCGGCUUGUUCGGAGAACAACGCGCGUGUGUCGGCUCGCGGAUGAUCGCGGAACGACUGAGAGAGAGAGAGAGAGAGAAAAAAGAGGGAGAGACAUAUACGCGUGCGUGAAUGUGUGCGUCCGCGUGUCCUUCUUCGUGAUUUAGCCGGACGCUUAACGCGGCAUCGCAAGUGAUGUACGGGACAUGUCCGGGAAGCACGCGAGAGACGAUCUUAAAAAAUUCAAUAGACCAGCGGAGAUCGCGGAGAGAAUAAUUGAGACGCCGCGUGGAGUCGAUUCUUGUUGAAUUAUAAGCGCGGAAGAUAAUUAAAAAAGAUUUAUCAAGAAAUAAAGAGAGAAGGGGUGUAUAUCUUCUCUCCGAUUAAAUUCGAGAUCGGAUUUUAUACUUGGAUUUUUCGAUUAAAAGUUUUCAAUUAUCAUCCCCCCUAGUCUUUCCUAAAGAUUGAUUUUUCGUAAAAUUAUUGAGGAGUUCGCGGCCGGGAGAAGCGCGCGAAUUUUGCGGGAUGCCUGAUGUAUCUAAUCUUCGCGUUUCGCAAUUCUGCCGUUGUAGUCCAGGAUAGUCAUGACUUCUCGAAGCGAAUAUUAGAUCUUUAUGGCGAUACCGUCAUCAUUUCGACCGAUUCGAACGGAUACUUCGAUCGGCUUCGAAAUAUUGCGAAUGCGCGACCAUUUUGUCAACGGCGAAUUUUGCGAGUGCUCAAGAACUGGCGGCUCGAUUUUGACUAAACGUUAACCAAAGAAUAAUUAUUUAUAUUGGAAUUGAGCGCUAUAUAAAUUAAUGUGUAAAGCAAAAUAUAUUCCACAUUUGUUUAUUCUCUCUCGAAUUAAUUAAGAAAAGUCGUGAAUGAAUGAGGAAAGAAAUUUCUCAAAAGGAGGCCGAAUAAAAAAAUUGAUUAUUUUGCCAUCCGGUGAUCAUUUGAAUCCGAAACUAUACAUAUAUAUAUCAUUAAAAUGGAUUUGAGCGAUUGAUAUGACAGUUUUUAAGUAUCAAUGAUAAAGUCUAUGAAUUUGUCGCUGUUUCACAAUCAAAUAUCGCUGGUCCCGAAAUUCUGAAGAGUCGCUCGGUCUGAAACUAAAGUACGAAUAAAGGACGAUCGCGCGGUUGUCGACCCGAGAAACUCUAAUUAAUCGCGAGCAGUUACGACACCAAUUUAUUAUCAUAAACUGGGCUUGCUUUCGUGACUACGGUAAUACUUCACGAUUACCUUGCCCCGAGAGAUAAAUACGAAUCUAGCGUGUAUUAAAUGAGUCUUUUAACAUAAUCGGAAUUGAUUCAUUAGACAGAUAUAUUGCAUUUUAAAUGCCGACAUUUAUGUAUCUAAAAUUAUUUUUUCCGACGAGAUUAUCACGAGAAAUAGCAUACAAUAACAAAUUAACGUCAUUUUUAUAAGUUAUCGAUAAAAAUCUGAGAGUCACGUUGAAAUUAACUCGACAUACGUGUAUAACCGCGUGAUAAUUUCGUUGCUCUAAUUACACGUCGUGUUUGACAGGAAAAUAGCGACACGUCCAAAUAUAUACCGUUAACACCCUACGGGGGAGGCAGACGCGUGUUAUCGUUCCCAAAAUCUCUCGAUCGCGUGUACAUAUUUAGUCGCUGCGAGAGCAUACGGAGGAAUCGAUAGGAAGGGUUUGCCGAGCUGCUUACGCGAUGGCAGAUUAGUCGCUGGGGCUUUGUUAUCCAUCCGACAAACAACGCACGGCAAAUAUGGCAAACAACGCACGGCGACGUAACGUCAGCCCCCGUCAAGGAGGUGUUUUAAUGGAUAACCAUAAAUCCAAGGACCCGGCAAUCCGUGCGCCAUUCUAACCAGUCGACUAUCAUUCGGGAAAAUGGCGCGGGAAGACUGUUCUCUCGGUUAAAUAAGUCAUUUUAUGUAUAAAUAUGUGUUGGAUUCAAAGAAAUUAUUUCCUGCGCUGCGUUUCAUUGGUCCGUAUAUCGAGAAGCAUCGUUUCAAUAUUAAGGAUUCACGAACAUGACAAGACAGAUCGGUGCCACUUAACAUUCGAUUUCUCACCCAUAUGUGCUACUUGAAAUAUGACAUUAUCUAUUUGAGAAAAUAAAGGAAAAUAUAUUUCUUCCAUUAAUUUCUUGCAAUUUUCUGAUCGUGUGUUCAACAGUAUUGAAAAAUUAUAAUUCAGAAGUAAUAAUUUAAUA